UUGUUCAGUUGGUGCAUGCGAGCGGAGCUAGCCGGUCGUGUCUCCCUCUCGUACUCUCUCUUAUCAUUCAUACUCAGAUUCCCAUAAUCUAUUCUGUCAGCUGUCAUUAGUUUUUUUUAGUAUUUCUUAAUUUUUUUUUUUACAUACUCCAUUUUUUCAUUUUUUUAUAAUUCGUUUUUUAGUGAGUGAUUUUUUAUUAUUUAUUUAUUGGAUCGUUUUUCGAAGAUAAAAAAAAAAUUGAUUAUGAAGUUUAACACGAGGGAGACGAAAAAAACCGCGAAAAGUGCUCGAGUGUAGUGAAUUUAAAAAGUGCGCGGUUUAAACGGUUUCAUAUUUAAUUGUUUUAUUUUUAAAACCACAAUCGAUACUUAAAUGUAUCCACGAUAGACAUUUUUUUACUCGAUACCUUCAUAAAAACAUUUAUGUUUAAUUACAAUAUCAAUAAAAUAAAUAAACUAAAAAAAAAAAAAAACAAUAAAUCGCGAAAUAAGUUAUAAAUUUAAAAAAAUGUUUCUAUAAUUUAUAACGAUACAAGUGUUUAUUCAACAUUACAUGUAUAUAUACGAAUAUAUAUAUACAUAUAUAUGAUAAAAUCUUAAAAAUCAUGACUGACGUCUUGUGGACUUGAGAUAUCUCGGAUGUGUAGGAUUAAUUUUAACCCACUGCCAAAUUAAAUUAUUAUUUAUUGAUGUUUAGAACAAAUAUAUGAAUUUAUAUAUUUCAACAAUAGAAUGUUCAAACUAUUUUUUGAGUCAAUUAAAAUGACCAGAAAAAUAAUUAAUAAAUAAUUGAUGAUUUAUUGUUUAUAAAUAAAUCGAUUUUUAAUUUAUUUUAUUGAUAAAGACAUUUGAUAGGAUAUAUAUGUUGACAUAUAUAUAUAUGUAAAAAUGUCGCGAUUAUCAAAUCGUGUAUCGUCUAUCGUAGCAGCGUUGGCGAUUGUUUUUCUCGUAGUGUUUCUCGUGAUACUCUGGACGAGUAUAAAUACCGCAGACACAUCUUAUCCCGGUAAAUCUAAAGUGACUAAUUUUACGGGAUUGCAUCGUAAAUUAAACGACAAUAGACAACUUCGGAUACAUGAGAAAAUAACUGAUCAAGAUUCUGAUGAUAAUUAUGCUGAUAAUAAUGUAGUACCCGAUCCAGAUGUCAAUACCCAGCGGGAAAAUUUACUCUGGAAAGAUGAUCUUCUGCCUAAGACUAAUGGCGACAUUGAAUACGUCAUACCUAUGAAGAUAAGCUAUAACCAGUACGAAGAUCCACCCACAGAAGCCACUAAUGCGAGACGUCACCACACUGGGCAUUUUCGACACUCUAAUGCCCAAAUUUGGGACCCGCAUCCGCAGUAUGAAUUCACAGCUUUCGGUGAAAAAUUUCAUCUCAAGCUUAAACAUGACAAUAGUUUUAUUUCACAAAAUAUUAAGGUGACUCACACAAGUCAAAACAAAACUAAGUGGGAACAUCCAGGUCACCAGCUGGGAUGCUACUACACGGGUGUCGUUGAUGGUGAUCCUAAAUCCAUCGUUUCUGUCAGUUUAUGCCACGGAAUGACUGGUCAUAUGAAAACAUCGAGUGGCAGUUACAUUAUCAAGCCGACGACAAAUUGGUCGAGAGACAAAGACACCUCUGCCAGUAAAUCGUCAUUUGAACAUGCAAUCUAUCGUGUCUCAGCAACACGUACUCGUUCUAAUGAUGUCGAUUUGCCGGAUGAAGUAGGUCACAAUUGCGGAUUAAUAGAUUAUGACGGAGUCGAGGAGGCCCCGACGCCUCUGAUAGACGAUAGUCCCAAUGGUAAAAUUUAUGUCGGAGAUCGUAGACGUGAAAGACGAUCACUGUCUGAAAAAAAUUUCAUUGAUUACUAUCCAAUUAGAGAUAACGAAGAAGAGAGCUUUCGCAGAUUGAAAGAGUUUACGCGACAUGAAAAAAAAUACUCAAAUCAAAACCAAUUGUAUGAUAGGUAUAAAAAAAAUAGAGAGGAUGAAGAUGACGAGGACGAGGAAGAGGAAGAGUUUGAAGAUGAAGAUGAAGAGAUGAGGGAAAGGAACGGUGAUAAUAGCAGAGAUUCGACGGACAUGUACGCAAGCUGGAGAUCAAGGCGCGCACUUCCGAGGGAGUAUUUCAUCGAGAUCAUGGUGGUUGCUGAUGACAAAAUGGUCGAUUAUCAUGGCAGUAACCUCGUCGAAUACAUUUUCGUACUUAUGAGCACGGUAUCGAGAAUUUACAAGGAUCCAUCAAUAGGAAAUCCAAUAAGUAUUUCGUUAACAAAAAUAGUGAAAACGAAUGAAUUAUUUGGCACUAAACACAGCGGCACUGACGGUAUCGCUGCUGCGGAAAUGCUCAAAAGAUUUUGCUACUGGCAGAAACAUAAUAACCCGGAUGAGCCAUCGCCUGAGCAUCACGACGCGGCGCUUCUUCUAACGAGAGAAAAUUUAUGCCACAAUCCGGGACAAAGACGCUGUGACACGUUGGGUCUAGCAGAGCUAGGUAGGAUGUGCUCACCAGGAUCUUCAUGUGCAAUCGUCCAGGAUAACGGUCUGGCUGCAGCCUUCACAAUCGCCCACGAGCUUGGUCACGUCUUCAAUAUGCCCCAUGACGACGACACGCGUUGCGCGAAAUUCCGUAAUCGCUCGCGUGUCCACAAAGUAAUGUCUCGAAUGCUGGACGACAACACAUUUCCUUGGGAAUGGUCCAAGUGUUCGCGGCACUACGUCACCGAGUUUCUAGAAGCGGGCUACGCAAACUGUCUGCUUGAUGAGCCCAGAGAUAUGAUAAGAUCCGAUGCGGGUCGACUACCUGGUGAAGAUUACUCCGAAAACAAACAAUGCGAGCUUGUUUUCGGCCCAGGUUCGAAAAUAUGUCCUCACAUUGAGAUUGAUGUGUGCAAGAGACUGUGGUGCACCGCACCGUCCUGGAACCAUCAGCCCCAGUGUCACACCCAGCACAUGCCCUGGGCGGACGGAACUCCUUGUGCAUUUGGGAUGUGGUGUCAUCGCGGUGAGUGCGUUUCCAAGCGCGAUUUGAUACCAAUAGAUGGCCAAUGGGGCGAAUGGGGCCGCUACGGCGAGUGUUCAAGGACCUGCGGUGGCGGGAUAAAAGCCAAGCGCCGUGAGUGCAACAACCCGUCUCCCCAGAAUGGUGGGAACUAUUGCGUUGGCGAGCAUGUUAAGUACCGUAGCUGCGGGACCAAAGAAUGUCUUCCCGAUUCUCCAGAUUUUCGUGAAGAACAAUGCGCAAUGUGGAACAACAACAAUCAUAAUGUACAGAGUUUAUCACGUGACGUUAAAUGGCACGCCAAAUAUAUUAAAAUUCCGCAAGAAGAUCGUUGCAAACUAUACUGCCAGGUUGAAAGUAAUCAGUAUUACAUGCUAAAAGACAAAGUGAUAGAUGGUACACCCUGCGGACCCGACACCUUUCAUAUUUGCGUUAACGGGCAUUGCAAACAAGCGGGAUGCGAUCAUGUUCUCAACUCUACGGCCGAAUUGGACACAUGCGGAGUUUGUCGUGGUGAUAAUUCCACUUGUCAGCGAAUCACGGGUACUUACAAUUCCAGUGGAAUCUACGGAUACAGUAAAGUGACUAAAAUUCCAGCUGGAAGCAGCUAUAUUGAUAUACGGCAACUUGGAUGGGGAGGCCUACACAACGACAGCAACUAUCUUGCUUUGAGGCUUGGCGAAGACGGAGAGUAUAUUCUUAAUGGAAACUACAUGGUGAUGCACAAGAAAGUUAUUGUCCUUCCUGGUAGCGCUAUUGAGUACAGCGGACCUGGGACUGUGGUCGAACGAUUGAAUAGUUCAAGGCCCGUUGGGGUUGAUUUGGUACUCGAGAUUCUAUCAGUCGGUGACAUAGUGCCACCUCAAAUAACAUAUGAGUACACAGUACCAAAGAGAAUACUCGGUAGUUAUACUUGGAUUUUAAGUGACUGGUCAUCAUGCAGCCACAUGUGCAAGGGUAAUAAGCAGCGUCGCGCGGAAUGCCGCAGUACUGAACAUAAAGACGUCGUGUCUGAUGAUUAUUGCCGUCGUGAAGAACGGCCUCAGGAAGAGUCUCAAUUAUGUAAUACCCAUUGCAUACUUCAAUGGCAAUUGACACCAAAAUCUGAGUGCUCGAAACAUUGCGGGCCGGGUACACAGAUGGUAUCAAGUCGCUGUGUUCAAGUUAUUUUAAAUUCCCCGAAUCAAUCACCUAGACCACUGCCGGCUUACGCGUGUGCUCAUAUGGAUCGUCCGAGUGAUCACCGGCCUUGUGUUGGCCCUUGUGAUGACGUCCGCUGGUCUUACACUGACUGGGGCGCAUGCAGCGCUACUUGUGGUGGCGGUGUUCAAAUUCGUACUGCCAAUUGCAUUGAUUCUAAUGGAAAUCAAGUACCGGAAAAUAAAUGCAAUACGUCGGAAAAAAUUUUGAAACGUUUCUGUAACUCUGAGCCCUGUCCUCAAUGGACUUUCGGUGAAUGGUCACCAUGUUCAACAUCGUGUGGUAUAGGCAAUCGCUUGCGUUCAUACUGGUGCCAGGUUGAAAACCGCAUUGUAAAUGAAAUAUACUGCAAUGAUUUACCGUCAGCGGUAUCAGAAAUAUGUAACGCCGGACCAUGUCAUCACUGGUCUACGGGUGAAUGGAGUUCAUGCUCGGUCACGUGCGGCGAAGGAACUCGCAGAAGAAAAGUCGCAUGCAUGAAUGCCGAUGGUACUUCUAGUGACUCUUGUGCUGCAUCUGAAGAACCAGAAAGCUUUCAAACUUGUUCACGUGAUUCUUGUCCCACUGCAAGCUCGCCACCUACCAUUUAUAAUUCUGACCCGACUCGAAGCGAAUCAUUAGAUCAAGAAAACGAAAUAGACAGCAACCGUAUUCCUAUUUAUCCUAUUUAUGUCUGGAGGACUGGAACAUUUGGCGAAUGCUCGAGAUCAUGCAACGGUGGUUUCAAAAAUAGAAUAGUACAGUGUAGUUCACCAGACACUCAUACAUCUGCUCCGGAUGAUUACUGCGAUAUUAAUCUGCGUCCGGCAAGCAGGAUGCCGUGUAAUCGUCAUGCAUGUCCACUUUGGAAUACCGGACACUGGAGCCAGUGUGACGCUGAUUGCGGUGAAGGUUACCAACAUCGACAAGUUCGUUGCCAAAGUCCACGUGGUGAAAUAGUACCCGAUCGAGAAUGUAAUACUAUCGAUAAACCUAAACACGUUAAAAAAUGUCGGAAUGAUUUAGAUUGCGUGACUAAUAAUCACCAUAAUCAUCAUAAUCAUAAUAAUAAUGGCAAGAAUAAUAAUAACAAUAAUUACAAUAAUAACAAUAAUAAUAGCAAUUCAAAAGGGCAAUCACGCAGAUGGCGAGUCUCUAAUUGGACUCCAUGUACAAAGUCAUGCGGAGGUGGAAUAAAAGUAAGGAGAGUCGACUGUAUAAUAAGGUCGUUAAAUGGAGAUGUGAAGGAACAAAAGGUUAAUGAUGAGGAGUGUACGAGAUUCGGUUUUAAUAAACCGAAAACACAGAGACCGUGUCAGAGGAUACCAUGUGACUUUACUUGGAAGGAGGGUAGCUGGUCUGAGUGUUCAGCAGAUUGUGGCGACGGAAUACAAAGACGUGCAGUAUCAUGUCAUCGUAUUAAUCGUUACGGUUGGAUAGAUCCAUCGCCAGCAGACGGUUGUCCUUUAGAUAAAAAACCUAAAAGUGAACAGCAUUGUAAAUUACAAGAGUGUGACGAUAAAUAUUAUUGGACUGCUGGUACAUGGAGAAAAUGUAGUCAUCCAUGCGGUAGAAAAGGUCGUCAAAUUCGUCGACUAUUUUGUCAUGACAGAACAGGCAAACGUGUAGGAAGAUUUAAUUGUCCAAUUGAAUUCAAACCCCAGAGAAAACGUAAAUGUAAUCAGCGUCGUUGUGGCCCUCUGACAUGCCUCGAAGCACAGCGACGUCUCAAAUCAACCAAAGACGGCGAAUACACGUUACUUAUUGGUGGUAAAAAUAUGUCCAUUUUUUGUCAUCACAUGGCAACCAAUGAACCGAGAGAAUAUCUCACGUUACCGGCCGGCGAUAGAGAAAAUUACGCCGAAAUUUAUGAUAAAAGACUAAAUGAUCCAAAUACUUGUCCGUUUGAUGGCCAACGGAACGAUAGCUGCGAUUGUUUUGAUGAUCGCGGCACAGUUUCCGGUAGAACGAUGUUCAAACGAGUGAGGAUCGAUGUCGCAAAACUUAUCAUCAUAGCGACCGAUUACACAUUUUCCUGGACAAAAGGAGCAAAGAGAGUUGAAUAUGGCAAAGCUGGAGACUGUUACAGUCGUCAGGAUUGUCCGCAAGGAAGAUUUAGUAUAAAUUUGAGCGGCACGGCGCUUAAAUUAGCUAGUGAGGUUACAUGGAAGCCGGAAAAGUCACGUGCACAUCUUGCCAUUAAUAGAAUUACGGACCAGAGAAUACUAGGUAAAUGUGGCGGAUACUGCGGUUUCUGUUCACCCGCAAUGGAUAUAAAACUCGAUAUAUCGCCGUCUUAGUUACAGUCGAUAACAAAAUAAAAUCUUAUUUUAAAACAAACUAAAUAAAAUUUCUUUAAAUAAA